AUGCCACAGCAGGACUCUGCGGGUCUCAGUGGAAAUAUGUGCGCCCAGGGUCCAUCCAACUCGGCAUACAACGCCAACACAGUACCGGUCAUCUUACAAACUGACAACAGGGAUCGAUGGAGCAAAAAAAUGGAUUUUCUUUUAUCUGUCAUUGGUUUCGCGGUGGAUCUAGGAAACGUCUGGAGAUUUCCUUACAUAUGCUAUCAAAAUGGUGGUGGUGCAUUUCUGAUCCCCUACAUCCUGAUGGCGAUCUUUGGUGGCGUUCCUCUCUUCUAUAUGGAGCUAGCGCUGGGCCAGUUCCACAGGACAGGGGCCAUAUCCAUAUGGACACACAUCUGCCCCAUAUUUAAAGGUAUAGGCUUUGCCAUCUGCAUCAUUGCGCUGUACGUGUCGUUCUACUACAACACCAUCAUCGCCUGGGCCCUCUUCUACUUCUACUCCUCCUUCACCUCCACUCUGCCCUGGAACAGCUGCAACAACCCCUGGAACACGGAGAACUGCACCGACUACUUCAAGAACGCCGUCAACUGGACCAACUACUCGCGCUCGCCUGCUGAGGAGUUCUACACGCGGAAUGUUCUGGAGAUCCAGAACUCUGACGGGCUCCGGAAUGUGGGGGGAAUCCGCUGGCAGCUGACACUCUGCCUCUUCCUCAUCUUCACCAUUGUCUACUUCAGUCUCUGGAAGGGAGUCAAGACCUCGGGAAAGGUGGUGUGGGUGACGGCCACUCUGCCGUAUGUGGUGCUGUUCAUCUUGCUGGUGCGAGGGGCCACCCUGCCAGGGGCGUGGAAGGGCGUGGUAUUCUACCUGAAGCCCAAAUGGGAAAAACUGCUGGAGACUAGCGUCUGGGUGGAUGCAGCGGCUCAGAUCUUCUUCUCGUUGGGGCCGGGAUUCGGGGUGCUCCUGGCCCUCUCCAGUUACAACCCAUUCACUAACAACUGCUACAGAGAUGCCAUAGUGACCAGCCUGGUGAACUGCUUGACCAGUUUCGUCUCGGGGUUCGUGAUCUUCACUGUAUUGGGUUACAUGGCGGAGAAGAGGGGCGUCAAAGUGGAGGAUGUCGCAAAAGACUCAGGGCCAAGUUUGCUUUUCAUAACGUACCCAGAAGCCAUUGCAAACAUGCCAGGCGCAACGUUUUUUGCCAUCAUGUUUUUCAUGAUGAUGAUUACACUUGGUCUGGACAGCACGUUUGGAGGGUUGGAGGCCAUCAUUACAGCUGUGAUGGAUGAGUACCCAAACUACCUGUCCCAUCGGAGAGAGCUUUUCGUUCUCUGCCUUGUUGUGGUGUGCUUUUUGGGCUCUCUCAGUACCCUUACACACGGAGGUGCCUAUGUGGUCAAGCUUCUGGAGGAGUUUGGUGUGGGCUGUUCCAUCAUCGCUGUAGGCUUCCUGGAGGCCAUUGCGGUAUCCUGGUUCUAUGGUAUCCAGAGGUUCAGCAAUGACAUCAAGGCCAUGUUGGGCUAUACUCCUGGCCUCUUCUGGAAGGUUUGCUGGGUGGCCAUCAGCCCAGCCUUCCUAGCUUACAUCAUAGGCAGCUCCCUGCUGAACCCCCAGCCCCUGACCCUCUUCGACUACAAGUACCCUCCCUGGACCAUCAGAGUGGGCUACCUCGUUGGAGCCUCUUCCUUUAUGUGGAUCCCUAUUUACAUGGUGUACAAGAUGGUGUGGACACCCGGCUCUCUCAAACAGCGACUCGCGGUGUGUUUGAAGCCAGAGAGGACGUUACCAGACCUCCACACAGACGGCCUCGGCAUGGCUCCUGUCCCAUAAUCCUUUGCUUCGGCACUGAGCUGGCAGCGUCAGACAUUAUCCUGGGUCUCCA